AUGCCUGUGGUCGACCCCCAUCACCAACGAAGUCAAGCUGCGAGUCGAAAGCGAAAGUUCGAAUGUUCGAAAGCGGCUAAAGUAAAUCGUCUUCGCUUCUUUGGUCAUAUAUUAAGGAGACCGGCAGAUCGCCUUGUCCAACGAGGCCUGAAGAGUUCGUCGGGUUCGAGCUGGAAGAAGCCAUCUGGCCGAAAAUGGAAGUUCUGGACUGAGAUGAUGAAAGAGGACCUGAGGACACUCGGCGUGGAUAGGCAGUUCAGGCGAGACGUAAGAUUUCGCAGAACAUGGAAUAGCGACGAAUGGAUUGAUUCUGUGCAAGCUCUCGCAGAAGAUCGAGAAGGUUGGGCAGAGCUGUGUUCAAGGACGGCACACCUCGGCGAAGAUGCGGAUGGGUCUAUUGCCUUCACAAGCUCCCAUUUGAAUCGGCGAACUGGGACACCACGGAAUGAAUGUACACCUUAUGUCUCCCCUCCCCCUAUGUACCUACAAGACCAAUUUUUUGUGGGAGUUAACGGCCUGGAUAACGUGUUACUAACUGCACUGCUAAGAAUGGUGUUGCCUCUUCCUGAACGUCACCUCAUCGUCGCCCGUCCUACCCCAUCUCCGGUGAUCGAUCAGUACAACAGUCAAAGUAUUGCCUGUACAGGGAGCACCGGAGAAAGCCCGAAGCCAGGAUAA